GACAGCGACCUGAAACAGUACCUAGAUAACUGUGGGAAUCUGAUGAGCAUGUACAAUGUGAAGAUUUUCAUGUUCCAGCUGCUUCGUGGUUUGUCCUACUGCCAUCAGCAUAAGAUCCUACACAGAGAUCUCAAGCCACAGAAUCUGCUUAUUAAUGGAAAAGGAGAACUAAAACUUGCCGACUUUGGUCUAGCCAGAGCCAAGUCUGUCCCAACAAAGACAUAUUCCAAUGAAGUGGUCACAUUAUGGUACCGACCUCCUGAUGUCCUACUAGGAUCUACAGAAUAUUCCACUCCCAUAGACAUGUGGGGCGUGGGUUGCAUACACUAUGAAAUGGUCACAGGACGUCCAAUGUUCCCAGGAUCCACUGUGAAAGAAGAACUUAAUUUAAUAUUCAGAAUGUUGGGAACUCCUACAGAAGAAUCUUGGCCAGGCAUCACAUCCAAUGAGGAGUUCAAAGCUUACCAAUUCACACAAUAUCGAGCCCAACCCUUGAUCAAUCAUGCACCCAGGCUGGACACAGAAGGAAUUGAUCUUUUGACAAACUUUCUCCUGUAUGAAGCCAAACAACGUAUUUCUGCUGAAUCAGCUCUGCGACAUCCCUACUUUAUGAUCUUAGAUGAACGAGUCCACCUCCUUCCUGAGACUGCCUCCAUCUUUUCUUUGAAGGAAAUUCAACUUCAAAAGGACCCUGGCUGCCGAGGCUCAAGUUUCCAGCAUGUUGCUCGAGGAAAGAAUAGGCGGCAAAGCAUAUUUUAAGCCUCUUUGUUCAUUCAUCCAAACACUGAGAAGAUGGAAGCACUGAGAAGAGAGAGGACCACUGGAUCCCAGAUAGUCCAUCCCAGAAAAAUAAGGGGUGGCAUCUACUGUAUAAGAGCUGUCUUGCAAUCUCAGGCAUGCAGUGUAGCUGUUUCUCAAAAUCCCACCUCUUUCUCCAGUGAGAAAGGAAAAGAGAGACAUUGUAAAGCCUUGACAAGCUCCCAUUCUUCAUACAGCAAUUGGAAUAUACCACCUGGGCAAGAAUCUGAAUCAGAUGGUGAGUGGCCUCUGAAACAGUGAGGCUGCUGUUCUACAUGGAAGCAAUCCAGUCGUGGAAUCCACAUCAGCUUUGCUUCUCCAAUGUCUUAUCAUAACCAAUGUUUUGAAUUCCAUUAUUUUCCACAUCAUGAGAUGAUUUCUAUGAUGUCUUUCGGAUAUGAUCAGUAUGAAGCAACAGUGGAAAGCACUGGUUUUUAUGCAAAUCCCUCUCCCUCUGCCUUUGCACUGAAAAAAAGAAACAUGAAGGUUUAACAAGGGCAACUACAAUAACAAUUUAAAAAUCAGUUUUCUUUGAGUUACCUUUGCUAUAUUUUUUUUUAAAGAAAUGUUCUGAAUUCUAAAAGGUAACAACAUUCAGGAGAAAGGAUGGCAUAAGGAAGGAAUGUGUGUUGAUAGAUUUUCUUAGGCCCUUAUUAUUUAGACAUAGCAAAGCAUAUACUAAGUUUAAGUUUACUCACAAGUUUUCAACUAGCAGACCCUGACUUAAAUCAGUCAUGUUCUCUAGAUAUGUUUCCAGAAGCCAGGUACAUAUGAAAAUUGUAUUUCAGCAUAGGUAGUGAGCAUCAGUUUGAAAGAAGCAUAUACAAAAGCUGAAAUCAAUUCAUAAAAAAGAUUAGACAGUACUUGAAUCUUUAACUAGGUUGACUCUAAAACUGAAAAAAAAACCUUGAUUUUUUUUUUGCCCUUUAUAUUUCUGUAUUCCUGUACUGAAUCGUCUCAGUAUGGUUGCUAUAUGAAGAUACAGAUGUUCUUUAUUAUUUGUUCCUGUCACUACAGAAACAUGCUUUAAAGUUACAAAGCAUCCUUGGUAAACUUGCCAUGUCCUUUGUGACCCUAGUGCAAACAAAAAAUUCUACACUCCUAUGUGCAUUUAUGCUUUUCUCAAUAUUAUUAUGCUAGCAAACCUAUUCCCUAGUAAGUAUGUGUAGCACUUCAGAUGAAUCCCCUUAAAUCUAUGGGAAGUAAGGGCUGCUGAUCUAUUUUUAUUCCUGAGGUCAGCCAAUUCACUAGAGGGAUGGUAGAACUGGAAUGAAAAAGCUUGAAACCAAUUUCUCCUACCACUCAAAAGAUGUUAUGCAACUGUUCCACUUUCUUAAUGAAUGUUAUAUGUUAAAACAAAAGUUGUAAGAAAUGAUGGGAAAGGAUGUGAUACAAGGACAUUAAUUUUUGGUCAAACACAUGCAAAAACCUAAGUUAUAAGUGAAGAUGCAAAGUGAAUGUGCAAUAAAACCUAACUAGAAACAUU